AUGCGAGCAGUCUUGUUAUUCAUCGUGCGAGGUAUGCACCCUUUGUCUCUAGUCGACAACGAGCACUUCAUAACUCUUGUUAAAGAGUUGGAUCCAAGAAUCAACCUGUCCUGUAGAACAACGCUCACAAAUGUACUAUUGCCGAAAUUAUAUGAAGAAGCCAAAACUAAACUUCGAGAAGAACUCGCUUCGGUCAAUCAUGUAGCGUUGACGACAGAUGGUUGGACCUCUAACACCGGCGAUUCAUACAUUACGGUGACAGUCCAUUACAUCAACAGCCAUCUCAAGAUGAUCACUCGCGUCCUAAACACAUCAUUUGUGCCCCAGGCACACACAAGUGAGAAUAUCUGUGAUUUUCUUAAAGAAGUUGCCAACGAGUGGAAUAUUGAUGAGAAGAUUGUUGCCAUCGUAACCGACAACGCGUCCAACAUGAAAUUGGCCGUGACUCUCGGAGGAUGGAAACAUGUCUCAUGUUUUGCUCACACUUUGAAUCUUGCCGUGACGGAUGCUCUAAAAAAUAACUCUGAGUUGAACGGAAUUUUAGCACGUUGUCGCUCUCUAGUUGCAUUUUUCAAACAGUCCUCGAAGGCCAAUUCUCAAUUAAAAAAGAUGGCUGUUUUGUCAAAAAUCUCUAUAACUACUUUAAAGCAAGAAGUUCCGACGCGCUGGAACUCCACUGUUAUUAUGUUAAGAAGUAUUGUUAAGUUAGCUGAUCCGAUAGCUGCCGUUCUCGCAUCUCUGAAGCGAACUGAUCUCCUUUUAGAAGACGAGGCGAUCAAGCUAAUUUAG